CCGCCGCCGCGGCCUGGCUCCGGCUCCUGCUAGCCCACCGGUAGAGAUGGCGUCGCUCACCGUGAAGGCCUAUCUUCUGGGCAAGGAGGACGCGGCCCGCGAGAUCCGCCGCUUCAGCUUCUGCUUCAGCCCCGAGGCGGAGGCGGAGGCCGAGGCGGAGGCCGCGGCUGGGCCCGGGCCGUGCGAGCGGCUGCUGAGCCGGGUGGCCGCCCUAUUCCCGGUGCUGCGGCCUGGCGGCUUCCAGACGUACUACCGCGAUGAGGACGGAGACUUAGUGGCCUUUUCCAGUGACGAGGAACUGACCAUGGCAAUGUCCUACGUGAAGGAUGACCUCUUCCGUAUUUACAUUAAAGAGAAGAAGGAGUGUCGGCGGGACCACCGCCCCCCGUGUGCUCAGGAGGUGCCCCGCGGCCUGGUGUACCCCAGCGUGAUCUGUGACGGGUGCAAUGGGCCCGUGGUGGGGACCCGCUACAAGUGCAGUGUCUGCCCGGACUACGACCUGUGCUCCGCCUGUGAGGGGAAGGGCCUGCACCGUGAGCACAGCAAGCUCGUCUUCCCCGGCCCCUUCGGGCCCCUUGCUGAGGGCGUCGCUCACAGCCGCUGGCUCCGGAAGCUGAAACACGGGCACUUCAUGUGGCCCGGCUGGGAGAUGGGCCCCCCGGGGAACUGGAGCCCUCGUCCUCCCCGCGCAGGGGACGCCCGCCCCAGCUCUGCGGCCGAAGCAGCUGCUGGUCCAUCGGAGGAUCCCAGUGUGAAUUUCCUCAAGAAUGUAGGGGAGAGUGUGGCGGCCGCCCUGAGCCCUCUGGGCAUCGAGGUGGAUAUUGAUGUGGAACACGGUGGGAAGAGGAGCCGCCUCGCCCCCGUCUCUCCAGGCAGCUCCAACACCGAGGAGAAGUGCGGCUCCCAGCUGAGCAGCUGCUCUUCGGACCCCAGCAAGCCAGACGCUGACCCAGAAGGCACGGCGCGGUCUCUGGCGGAGCAGAUGGACAAGGUGGCCCUGGAGUCGGUGCCGCCCGAGGAGCAGAUGGAGUCGGAUAACUGCUCGGGGGCAGACGAAGACUGGACUCACUUGUCUUCCAAAGAAGUGGACCCGUCUACAGGGGAGCUCCAGUCUCUACAGAUGCCCGAAUCCGAAGGGCCGGGCUCUCUCGACUCUUCUCAGGAAGGGCCCACAGGACUGAAGGAAGCUGCAUUGUACCCCCAUCUGCCACCAGAAGCUGACCCCCGGCUCAUCGAGUCCCUCUCCCACAUGCUGUCCAUGGGCUUCUCUGACGAAGGCGGCUGGCUCACCAGGCUCCUGCAGACCAAGAACUAUGACAUCGGGGCGGCGCUGGACACCAUCCAGUAUUCGAAGCACCCGUUGUGACGGCUUCUGCCCCCUCGUCCCAUCCCCCUUCUUGUCCCCUAGUUGUGUUGAGCUAGUGUAGAACAGCAGGGCCUCUCUAAGGGCCAGUUUCUCUGCAUUCUUCUUCCAGAAUGGGGGGGGGGCGGGGAUGCACCAAGCCAUCCUGGGCAGUGGAACAAGUGACAGGAGGGGGG